AUGUCCCAGUCUACUUCUUCGGUCCAACCUAGUUACGAUUUUCUUGCGCAAGCGCCAUCCCCAGCCGCCCCGCCACAGCAACGAUUGUUGCCGGUGGGGAUGAAAGCCAGUCAUUCAACUGAGGGCCUAAGAUCGGAACUGAACACGGUGCGAUACGAAUUGUCAACGUUGCAAGAUGAGCGGGAGCUCGAGAGAAUCCGACAUGAGAAGGAACUUAGAGUUCUAGAAGCUAAGUGCGAAGAGCAGGCGAAACGGGCAGAUUCCGUAGAGAGCGACAAAACCUACCUAUUCAACAGACAAAAAGAGCUAUCGGAGAAAUUAGAGAAGGUGAAGGAUCAAGCAACCAACCAGAAGGUUGACCUCGAGCGCCAAGUCCGAUGGUUAAAAUCAGAGAACACCGAUUUGAAGGAACAGGUUUGCGACAAACAAGGUGACAUACAAUCCCAGGACCGACAGUACCGGCGCUAUGUAGAGGAGCUUAAGACUAGGAACGAGUCCCUCGAGAAAAUGAAUAGCGAACUCAAAGGAGACCUCGAGACCAAGAGCCACAGUUUACAGGAAACAGAAACAAAGCUUGCUUCAAAAGAGACUAAAAUAAGUAAUCUGGAGACAGAGCUCCUAAGAGUGAAGGCACAAACAGGGGACCUAGAAACAUUAAAGAUUCUUAAAAAGGAGCUUUCUGAGCAAGUCACACAUAUCAGAACAUUAGAAAGUACCAAUAGAAAACUUUCAUCGGAAGUUAAGCAACUGCGAGAUUAUAACAAGUCAAUCGAGAUAUUAGAGGAGGAAAAACAGUCUUUGGAAGUUAAAGUCAGACUGUUGGGUGAAGUUAGACAAGAGCUUGCGGAAACUCAGCUUCGUGUCUCAAUUCUCCAAGAUGAGAAGAACUCGUGGGGCAGCUUCUUUGAGAGUGAGGGGCUUGAGUUUGACUCCCCAGAGAGCCUUGCUCGGGCUCUCAUACAAGAGCGCUUAGAGAAAGCUAGCCUGCUGGAGCAGGCUGGACGUAUUAAUCCUGAGCUAGUACAAAAGGAAACUCUAAUCGAAGAGCUUGAGGGAAAUAUUCGUAGCUUGAGAGAGGAGCUAGAAAAGAUGGGCGAGACUGCCUCCAGAGAUACUAAAGCAAGAACCCGUUUGGAAAGACAACGCGCCCUAGCAUUGAAAGAAGCACAAUUCCUACGAGAACAACUACAGUCUUUCUCAACCGAAGAAACCACAUAUAUGCAAGGAAACUACGACGAGCAGAAGGCCAAGCGAAUAGAGGAGCUUGAGAAGAUGUUGGAGAAGUAUAAGAAGGAGAAUGAUGUAUUAGUAGCAGAGUUAACUAAACGGGAAGGGACAGAUAUAGGGGAGAUCAUGGGCAGGAAACGACAUAGAGAGGAAGACGGAGCGGAGAACGAAAGAAACGGGGAAUUGGUUCGAAAGAACCGACAUCUGCAAGAUGAAAUAAUUCAACUCCGCAACACUAUCCUUCUAUCAAAGAAGGAAAUAGAUUCACUUCAUAUUCGACUCGAGUCACUCGAAAAAACCUCUACACGGAUUUUACAACUGAAGGACAAUCCCACUAGCCGAGAAGAGGCGAUCAAAGUUGCUACUCUCGACUCUCUUAGAAAAGAGAAUGCCUCUCUCCUCGCACAAGUAGAGGAGCGGACAGAUCAGAUUGGCAAGGUUAUCCCAAUUCACACUCUCAACAAUCUCCGGGGCGAGAUGGAGGCCAUGGAAAAGGUUAUUGGCGAGAAGGAAAAACGGAUGACCCGUCUGAAGGAGAUCUGGACGGCUAAGUCUUUGGAGUUCCGUGAGGCAGUCUAUUCGCUUCUCGGGUAUAAGCUGGACUUUCUACCGAAUGGAAGGGUUCGGGUGACCCACAUGUUUGCGGGCAAUGAAGAUCAGAGCAUUGAAUUUGAUGGGGAGAAGGGGACUAUGAAGGUUGCUGGUGGACCAGAUAAACAGUAUGAGAAAACAACAAGAGCUCAGAGGAUGUAGGAGAAGGGUGGAAACAUGUAUCUAUUGAGGCGUUUUUUUUCUUUUUUCCUUUUGUAUUUCUACGAUGGGCUGUGGGCCCUUGAAGCCUUGGUGGCUUCCCUUGGGAAAGCCUGGAUGGGCCCCAUGGUUUUAGCAUCACAUUGAUAUGAUUAAUCUAGAGCUACAAUCGAAGUAGCUGUCAUCUAGGCCA